CUAUGGGUGAAUCCAGGAGCGCUGUACAGCUGCUGCUGGCUGCAAUUACCUGUCAGUCUUGUAAACUGGCGCAGGGAAAGAAUAUGCGUUUCUCCCUCUUUUGCAAUUAAGAGGAAACAAGGUGUGGAUUUUGCCUUUUAUCCCAGUUUCCUUCCUAAAGUACAUUUUAGCCAUGAGAGCCACACGGAGAACCAACAGGAGAGGACCCAUCAGCUGGACCGCUUUUACGCAUCGCACAUCUUGGAGCGUCGGUGGAUCUUACAGAUUAUAAACACAUCAACGCUCUGCUGAAUUUAAGCCUUGUUGAGCUCAGUGUGCGGGCUCGAGUUUUAUGAUGAAGUACAGUUCGGUGGUUCUUGCUGCCGUGUGUUCAGGUUUGCUCAGUUUCAGCCUCCUGGCCGUGGCAAUUGGGACUGAUUAUUGGUACAUCAUCGAUGUGAAUAAGCCCAACCACACAGGUCCAGACGAACUGAGUUCACACUCUGGACUGUGGAGAAUUUAUGAAGGCGCAAACAGAAGUGCAGUCAUCCCCUCCUUCACAGCAAAUAUGUCCAGCCUGUCAGAAGUAGAAAGGCACCUUCUUGGCUUGCAUAAGGUGGUGGUCAUCUUACUGCCCCUCAGCCUGGUUCUGCUGGUGCUUGGCUGGAUCCUUGGCCUCGUCAGUUCAUUGGCCUGCAGCCCAAAAUUGUUGGCUGGAUCAGCAACAUACUUUCUCAUCUGCAGUCUUUUCACCCUGUCCGGCGUCAGCGUCUACAUCAAAUACUCGAACCACGCCAUGGACGCGUUCCAGCAGAUCGUUUCCCCGGAGAACCUCGCCUACGUGGACGUGUCCUUCGGCUGGUCCUUGACCAUGGCCUGGCUCUCCUACAGCCUUGAGGUGGCAACUGGGCUGCUGCUCAUGCUCGCUGCCACAAUAACUCAAAUGAAGGGUCGUUAUGACUCCGGUGUAGCAAUCGCCAUGUUGUAGAUUGAAGCCGAGAGCUCACAGAUUGGAUGGAAUUUCAUUGCCUUUUUUUUUAUGCUGGGGGGGAGAAGAACAGUUUACAAUAGUAUUGUAUGGUCAAGGGCCAGGAUAACAAAGUGAACAGUAGAUGGAAGCUAAAUUUACCUAACCGUAGGCGCAUGGACGCGGUUAAGUGACACUUUUGAACAUUGUUACUGCUUGAUGUGACUACCUCUCAUUUCAUUCUCUCUAUCAUUUUCUUUCAACUGUGCCAGAUGUUCCAAAUGGGAAACAUGAAAAAGGGAAAAAGGGACUAAUCAGAGUAAUUAUGGCAUACAUUAAUUUUUCUUUCAUGGCUUUAUUAGUGCGUUUCAAAGUUUUCAAAGCAUUUUUUUCCAAAGUGCAGUCUUUUUUUUUCUGCCUCUGUACAAUCUAGCACGGUGAAAACCAUUGUAAUGCAUAUGUGAUUCUGUGUUUCCAACAUGCUAUUAAAAUUCACAUGUAAUUUAAA